AUGUCAGUGGCUUUGAAUCAUGUUCCGAGCUAUUCGGGGGUUCUGUCGUUAAGAGUGGCUCAAUUGCUCAACUGCCGGAAGGGCGUUAAUUUUUCCUAUUUGGCGAACGUUGUUGCUUGCUGCCAUGUACGGUCACAGGAAUUCUCAACCUGUACCGACCCAGCUAUUCUGCGAACGGAGGUGCGAGGGAGCCAGCAAAAUGAGGAUACUUCCUAUGAUAUGUGGAAUGGGCUGCGAUCUCACUCCCAGAUCGAUGAUUGGGUUGCACGCCAUUCAACGCAGGAGGGCCAGUCUCUGAAUCCCCACCAGAGGCGAAAGGCAUCCCUGAAACCAGCAGGACCUACCAAGUACCUGUUGUCUGCUCUUCGGCAUGCUAGGCAUGAGUCCGACAGUGCGCCUCAUUCGGAGGCUGAGCCAACGCUACCCUAUACUCUGCAUCCGGAAACUAUGCAAAAACAGAAAUAUGGUGGACAUAAGAAACAAUCGAGAGGAUGCAGGCUGUCUCUUCAGACAGUUGUCGCAGAUUACAUACGAUUCGUUGAGCCUCUCUUGACCCGGACAUUUGACUUGCGGGAUGGGAAAUGGACAUCCGGUUCUUCUCGGUUGAACGAUGCUUUGAAAAUAGCGUUCUCUGCUGAGAACGUCAAGUAUCUAAAAAACAGGGGUUAUCAUCCUAUGGACGUGGUAGCUUGGGCGUGGAUACUCCGGAGUAAGAACAACCACGAGGCAAUUCUGCGUAUCCUUGUUCUGGAAGAAGACCUUAGAAUGAAACAUGGGCCUUCUAGUAGGGGCGUUCCACUUUUCAUUCCGCUCUUUCUGUUACGACGAUCGGUCUCGGAUGCUAGGACGUUUCGUCUGCUACUUAUCUAUUGUUUGCAUCUCAUCAGCGGCCAACCGCCUCCAAGUCCUCGUUAUAGAGUAGGGUCUGAAGACUCAGAAUCUGGUGUCCAAUCUGAGUCACGUCGGCAGAUGAAGUCCUCAAUGGAACCUCCUACAUGUAUGAGCCUCGUUAUUCGCCUGCUUCGCCACGCUCGUCAGGUUUGGCCGCAGGCACAGCUCCUCAUAGCGCGUGCAUUUGCACAGUAUCUGAGUGAUUUGAGCAUUGACGAGUCGAAUACAAGCAAGAGGAAGUCCCUAGCGGAGGUAGAGUUCGAGUUGAAUCAGUUCAAAACAGAGAAAUUCAACCGACUUCUCUGGCUUCUUUCGUUACCCUCCAAACAAAACCCAUUCGUGUCGAUCCCUAUCCAGCAACGAGCGCAGUUCGAGAUCCUAAAGAUAAUGGCCUCACAUAAGCCCAUCCUUCCCGUCGAGCGACGAGGCUAUCAGGGUAUAAUUGCCGUCCAGCUUGCCCAUAAAAAGACGCCAGCAGAGAGGCAGUCCGCGGAAUUGAAAGCUCCCUCCUGGCCGCCAUGGAAGGAAGACAAGCUGGGAAUCGACUCUGAAAGGGGCAUUGAGGGUAUGGAGAGCCGUGCAAUACAAGUCAUGGCUCAAAUGACAGGGGCUGGUUAUUCUCGCACUCGUUGGGAAGAAGUCGCGUCUAUUUUAGCUGGCUGGGACACUGACAGAAGUCCAACAAUUCAGACUAGAGCCCUGAUGCCUCGGUCCCGCUCUUUGCGUGGACGACACCCGGGUGCACCAGACCAAGAAGUUAUUUGGAUAGCUCGAAUACGCGCCACACGCACAGUACGGGAAGCCUGGGCAUGCUUUUUGUCUUACCAAGAUCAAGGGUUUCCUCUGCGCGCGGGUAUCUAUGCUGCAAUGGCAGAAAAGCUUAUCUACCGAAAAAAGGCGAUUGAGAACGGAUUCGAGAAAACAACACUCGCUCUACCUGGUGACUGCCUAGAGGUAUUUCCAGAACCUGCCUCUGCUCGGGAUGUGAUAUACGUCCGUACAGAACCGCCAACAUUGGAGGAUUUCCUUCAGCAGAUGUUUGCGCAAGGGAUACGACCCAGCGGAAGAUUUCUGGCAUUGCUAUUGCGCUUUGCUCCUACUUUCAAUUCAGGCCUGCAUUAUCUCCGUCGCAGUGACCUUCCCGCAAGCCAGAUUGAAGUCCUGUGCAGUAUUCCCUGUAAACUCUCGGACUACACCGUUCGGGAUGCCCGGGCCCUGCAUGAGUUGCCAGUCUAUAUUUUUGCGGCCUUCAUAGAGUUCCUGUGCAAAUCUUCGAAUUUUGAUCCCCUGUACAAAGCUGGGCAUGAUGUCUCUACUGCCGAUGUUUUCCCGAUAGCUAUGGGCGAGGACAGGGUGGCUGCGUCCAAGGCGACAACACUAUUUCAGCAUGCUGAGACGUCAGCGGCGGCUGAAGAUAUACCUCACCCACAAGCGCUACGGAAGGCUGUUCAGCUAUUGCGGCUGCGGAAAACAGAGUAUAGCCCGGCAUGGAUCAGCCUCCUAUCAUGUCUCGCCCACGAUCGGACCAGUUUGAAGUUUAGUCGGAGUGUUCAGCGCAUUCUUGCUUGGCAUGAAAUUUCAGAGGUCUUUGACUGGAUGGAAGAUCUUCAGGUUAACUCUGGCUUCCGGGGGUUUAUGUAUCUUUGUCAGGGGUUCUUAGGAGCAGUGGUGGCUGGUGUUGUACGUUCGGAUUCUGCGGCAAGAGGUCUGGCGAUGGUGAGAGGAGCUACUUGGAACAGAAAAACGGCGCAUCCCAAACGUGUCUACGAGACGUUUGAGGAUAUGGUCAAUGGCGGACUCCGUAUCCUUAAGGACCAUUUUGAUCAGCUUGUCCUUCCGAAUCCCAGGACCCGUUUGUUUGCCCCGAACAAUGGUCCUAGACCCGAAAUUGAGCCUCUUCCGAUGCUUCAUGUCCCCUUUCCAGCUGCUCUCCAUGCAUUCAUCAGAGCUCUGGGGGUCGCUGAAGAUUCCGAUGGUCUGUUGAAUCUCCUUCGUUGGAUGAGUCAAUCUGCAGCCUCCCUGAAAGAAGUCUCCGAUGAACUUUCAAACGGUGAAAGGAUGACACGACGCUGCUUGGUAGCGAUUCGUGUAUUCCUUGAAGGCUCCUGGAACCAAAGGAAGUGGUCGGUAUCAGCAAUCAACCGGACGUGGUCUUUCCCAUUCAAUCAUGGCUUUAUGAGUGAGAGUAUGGUUUGCAAUGGAGGAUGUCAUAAUGAUUCACUUGUCUUCUCGGAUCCAGUCGUCCAAGAAGCGCAUGAUAUCAUCGAAGCGACUCCUGAGUGGGGAUCAUGGCCAACCGACGAGGAGGUGCAGGAGUAUAUAUCCGGACAUGGAGGAGACGAGGCGUAG